AGGUAACCAGCCAAUCAAGCCUACGCGCACGUUUUCUGCUGGGCAUGCCAAGCAGUUGUACGGGACGCUCCAGCGCUCCAACAAUAGAGUGGUGCGUACCAUUAUGUCAGUUCGCAAUAGGUGCAUCUCCACAAGAUCAAACGUGGUUUCACUUACUUUGCAUUAAGAAAAUCUGAAAUUGUAAAUGCGUACUAAAGCAGUGGAUAUGCCUGCCGCAAUGUAUGGGAUCUACUUGAUUGCAGCCGAUUAAUUACCCUUAACACUACAUUCGUUUCUGUGGAUCCCUUUCUGAAGGGAGUGACUUGAUCCAUCUCCACUGCUGCUUUUUACCAGGACUCCUUUUACACAGGGUAUCAGUGGCACUUCUAAUAUGGACCCAGGCUGGAGAUUGCGAUUACUAGAUACGAUUGAACGCUCUUAACUCACUAGGAAUGGGAAGAAAAUAAGACGAACCGAACACACUUAUCAGGUAGCGGCAGCCCAGCAGAGCCAUGCCGUUGGUGAAGCGCAGCAUCGAGCCGCGGCACCUGUGCCACACGGUGCUGCCCAGGAACAUCAAGAACGAGCUGGAGUGUGUCACCAACAUCUCCCUGGCCAACGUCAUCCGCCAGCUGAGCAGCCUCAGUAAGUAUGCGGAGGACCUGUUUGGGGAGCUGUUCAACGAGGCCCACACCUUCUCCUUCCGGGUCAACUCCCUGCAGGAGCGUGUGGACCGCCUCUCCAUCAGCGUCACCCAGCUGGACCCCAAGGAGGAGGAACUGUCCCUCCAGGACAUCACCAUGAGGAAGGCCUUCCGGAGCUCCACGGUGCAGGACCAGCAGCUGUUUGACCGCGACACGCUGCCCGUGCCGCUGCACGAGACCUUCCACACCUGCGAGCAGCCGCCGCCCCUCAACAUCCUCACGCCCUACAGGGAUGACGGGAAAGAGGGUCUGAAGUUCUACACCAACCCCUCCUACUUCUUCGACCUGUGGCGGGAGAAGAUGCUGCAGGACACGGAGGACAAGAGAAAGGAGAGGAGGAAACAGAAGCAGGAAACACCGUAUCAGGUGUGUCCAGAGGGCUUCUCACGAUCACCCUCCAAAUCGCCUCAUCCCCACUUCUUAAACCCCGCCGAGUUGCAGGACUCCCGCAUGUAUGACCAGGUCUAUAGGUACUUAGACCUUCCAGGGCAGGUCAAAGCCAUCGAACGUGGCCAGGAGUCGGAGAAGGUACCGCGGGCACCACACGACCGCAAGAAGGAGUGGCAGAAGCUGGCACUGGGGGCGGAGCUUGUCCAGGAGGAGGCCGAGGAGAAGCAACACAGGGAGGCCAACGGCUCCAUGGCAGCCUACCAUGACAACAGGGCCCCGAUGUACAUGGACAACAUGGACGGGCCCUUCUCGCUGGCCGCCCUGCCCUACAGCCAGAUGAACGAGCUGCUGAACCAGACGGGCGACCGCGUGUACUCGCGACCCCACGACCCCCCGCCGCCACCCCCUGCCAUGCACGCACUGGGCGAGAUCCUGCCGCCGUCCAUGCUCAGCUCCAGUUCAGGUUAUUCCGACAGCAGACCUCAGUCUCCUGCCCGGACGGCGGGCCUCAACUCCCUCACCCCGCCCCCGCCCCCUCCGCUUCCCCCCCCGCCUCCCCCCCUGCCCUCCUCCGGGGCGGGCCCGCGGGGCACCCCUCCCCCGGCCGUCCCCCCGCUGCCCCUCCAGCAGCACCACCACCACCACCACCAUCACCAGCAGCAGCCGCCGGCCAUCCCGCCCGCGCCCGCCCCGCUGCAGAUCUCUGCGGGGGUGCUGCACCCGGCGCCGCCCCCCGUGGCCCCGCCCCUCCACUCCUCCUCCCCGGCCCGCCUCCAGCAGGUCCUGGACAAGGGCCCCCCGCCGCCGCCGGGCUCCUCCACCUUCGGCCAGCCGGACGGCGCCGCCCUGCCACCGCCGCCGCCCCCGCCUCCGCCCCUGCCCUUCCACGGGGGGAGGGGCUCCCCGUGUCCGCCGGGCCCGCCCCCCAUCCCGGCCUUCCCCUCGGCGGGGGCCAUGGCCUCGCCCCACACCAGCGGCCACGACGGGGGCCACGGCAAGAGGCACCCGCCCACCAACCUGCCGCCCAUCAGCGACGCCCGCAGCGUCCUGCUGGAGGCCAUCCGCAAAGGCAUCCAGCUGCGGAAGGUGGAGGAGCAGCGGGAGCAGGAGGCCAAGCACAAGAGGGUGGGCAACGACGUGGCCACCAUCUUGUCGCGGCGCAUCGCCGUCGAGUACUCGGACUCGGAGGACGAGUCGGAGUUCGACGAGGGGGACUGGAUGGAGUGAGGAGGAGGAGGAGGAGGAAGAGGAGGAGGAGGAGGAGGAGAGGCGUCGGAAAGGAGCAGGGAAACAGAGUUGUGCGAUCAGAAACCAAUCCCAGGAAGAGGCCUUUCCAUUUACGGAAUUCCUCAUUUUUUUGGUCUUUCCACAUCUCCCUCUCUCUUCUUUGUCCCUCUCUCCUUCCAGCCCGCUCUUCUGUGGGGCGUUCAUGUUCCGGCGAGGAUCUCUUUGUCAUUCUAGGGUCCCGUCAGUGGUUCCUUAAGUUACUCUUUCUACAUUACCACAUAGACCUUGUUAACUUUUGGUUAGUUUUCUUGAGUUUACUUUCUCCUUUCCGAAAUCCGACUUGUGUACAGUUCUGUUCUACAUGAAAAAAAAAAAGCAAAACGUUAUAAGAACCCCUAAUUUUUAUUACACAUCUAGCUGUGUGUCAACGUGAGAGCAGAGAAAAACUGGUUCAAAAGAAGCGGCAUGUGCCGCUGUCUUAGCUUUGUUGUAUAUUGUUGCCACCUUGUGGUUGAAAGUGUUAUUGAACGGAUGCAGACUUAUUUUUUUAUCAUCUUAUUUACUAUUUUUCCGACACAUGUGCAGUUGUAAUAGGCCAUUCAUUUCCAGUGCAGAUGAUUUGGAGAGAAGCAGCACUGUUGCUCAAGGCCCAAGGUGUCCUUUGUGUUUUCGUCUUAUGUUUGCUCUGACAUCACCACUAAUUUGUUUUAUAAUUUGAAAAGCAAAAAAAUAUUUGGAUGAAAUGACGUGUGGUGACGAUUGUGAUGGAACUGAAGGUUGACCAGUAUGUGUACAUGGUCUUUUAUUUGACCAUAUACGUGCAUAUCUACCAGAUCCACUCCACUACUUUUGCCUCUGAAACAAUUUAGGCCACCAGAUGUUCAGAUGAGUUUCCCGGUCAUUGGAUCCUGGAGGACCACGUGCACCAUCUGAUUCACACGAUCACGUGCACCAUCAAACGCAGACUUAUGGUCCAGUGACCAGACAUACAAUGCUCUUGUGAUGUUUACUGAGUAUACUGUAUAUUUGCGUUCUGCCUGAGCCAUUCACAGGAGCGACACACACACACUCCUGUCACACUGCACAUUCUUUGAUUUUAUUUUUGCAAAUGUCAGUCGUCUGACCAACUCUGGGUACAUACCACUCGACCAAACACUCAAGGCAGCUCCUUUCUCCCGUCUCUCUCUUCUUUCUUUUUACUAAUGAAGAGUCUAACCACGUCUGGUGACUAGAACAGAGUUAAUGUUUACCCCGGAAAAACUACCAAGAAGGAAAUCAGAGAGAAAAAAACAAGAAGGAAACCCAAGACAUUGCUCUGAAAAGUCCUGGGCUUUUCAUUUGAUGACUGAUGUCUGUCAUCUCUGUUUUCUUUUCAUUUGUUUUUAUUUUCUUAUAAUUGCCUUAUUGUUUGUAUGAAACGUACUGUCGAGUUGAUGAAUGUAUUGUGCUGUUGCUACUUGCCUGCGCUUGUAUGGGUUAGACGUUUCUAUGUUUGUGUAAAAAAAUUGGGGUUCCGGUGGGGCCAUGGUUUGCAAAAAAAAAAGAUAAUACAUUACUGAAUACCAUGUAACUUAUGUAACUGUUGACUGUAACAGUUUGCUUGAAUUAAU